AUGCAAGCACUGAUUGGGGAAAAACUGGUCCCUGGGAAGGGCUAUCUUUGUUCACGACGCGCGAGCCUGCCGCAACACAUGGCGGCCGAGGGCGGCGCCGAGGUCGCGCGAUGGCUCGACCUGGCCAGCCUGCAGCCCCGGCAGGCGGCGCUCCUCGCGCUGCUGCGGGCCACGGUCGACCGCCUCGGGCGGGCGGGCGUGCCCUGCUGGGUCACAGGCGGCACGCUGCUGGGCGCCCUGCGGCACGGCGGCUUCGUCCCGCACGACGACGACGUGGACCUCGAGUGUGCGGAGAGCGACGCGCCGAAGGCCCAGGCGGCCGUGGAGGGGCACCCCCGCCUGACCUUCCGCUACGGCGGCCACUGGCAGACCACCCGCGUGGCGCACGUGGGCCUCCGCGGCACCGACGUGGAGCUGGACGUCUUCCUCCGGGAGGCGCCGAUGCUGGCGUCGCGCGACUUCCCCUCGGCGGAGGAGGUCUUCCCCCUGCGCGAGCUCGACUUCCACGGUGCCCCGGUGCCGGGGCCCGCGGAGCCGCUGGCGCUGCUGGGCCGGCUGUACGGGCCGGACUGGGAGGGCACCGCCCGCGUGUGGAGCCACGCCUUCAACCACUGCCACGGCCUCUCCCACGAUCCGAAGGGCAAGGUGACACUUCCGCUGGCCGAGUACAACGCUCUCGUGGCCUCCGCGGGCUACCAGCCGCCCCCUCCACAGACUGCCUCUGGACCCGGACGAGGCGCUGGAGGCGGUGCUGGCCGCAGGGGGCGCAGCGGAGGCGCUGAGGGCGGUCCGCGAGGCCACGUGGCUGGAGAACCUCAGGCGCAAGAACCGCGAACAGGCGGAAGCGAGGCUGGAGCUGCGCGGCAGCUGAGCCGGGCCAGCGGCAUCUCCUCACCUUCGCCUUCCCACCGUUUCCGCCCCCCCCCGCCCUUCUCAUUCGCUCACUGCCUCCCCCCUCCCGAGAGACCGACAACAUGGGCUCUCAGAGGAAGCGAAACAUGUGAGCAUCAG